CGAGUCUGGGUGUUCUGUGUCCCGCGCGGGGGCUUCCGGGCUGGCGCGGGGACUUACGACGAGCAGAAGGAGGUUCCUACCGCGGCCGUGAACUUCCGUUUCUCCCGGUAUUCCCAGCUCUGCGGCCAAUCCCGGGAACGCGGGGUUCCGAGAACGGCAUCCUGGAAGCGUCCAGGUUGCUCAGGCGACGUGUGAUCACCGAGGGGCCCCUAAACCCUCUGAGUCCCGAGGCGUGAGAAUCCCAAAGCAACACGGAGAGACUUGGGGACUGUGCGCGCAUGCAUGAGACCCACUUGUCCUGAAAUCAUUUUGAGGCAAGAAGUUUUGAAAGAUGGUUUUCACAGAGACCUUUUAAUAAAAGUGAAGUUUGGAGAAAUCAUGGAGGACUUACAGACCUGCCGACUCUUAAUUAAACAUUCCAUCCCCGCAGGACUUUUUGUGGAUCCAUACGAGUUGGCUUCAUUGCAAGAAAAAAACAUAACAGAGGCUGAGAUGGUUUCAGAAAAUUUUAAUAUAGAAGCCCCCAGCUAUUUGUCUGAGGAAUCUGAAGUUCUCAUUUAUGCCCGUCAAGAUGCACGGUGUGUUGACUGUUUCCAGGCCUUUUUACCUGUGCACUAUCGCUACCACCGACCACACAGUGAAGGUGCAGAAACCUUGAUCGUGGUCCGUAACCCAGAUCUGUUGAUGUCCUGUGACCGAGAGCUCCCGGUGUUGAGAAGCUGGGCGCAAUCCGAGGCUGCAGCUCCUUGUGCUCUGAGGAGUAAGGACAUCUGCCAGUGGAGCAGCCUGAAGUACAGACCAGUGAGCCAAUCUCAUAUACUGUGUCAGAUAUUGUUUUCGCAUUUAAAGUCUGUUUCUUCUACAAUACAUAAGAAUGUGACCCUACAAGUUCCAGUGGGACUGAGUAUACAUACCUCUUUAGUAUGUUCUGUGACUCUGCUCGUUACAAUCCUGUGUUCUAGUUUGAUUCUUGUAGCUGUUUUCAAAUAUGGGAAUUUUUCCCUAUAAUCUUUAUGUAGCAGAUUUUUAAAUAAAACUAAGACUUAUUCAUUUGUAAAAAGAAGUGUUCUUCCAGAAUUAACUUUUGUUUUUCAUCUUCAUUUAUAACUGAAAUUACAUUUACCAGAUGAAUUUCGGAUCUCACUCAAUUAAAAAAUUUAGUGUUCCAUACUGGGUGUGGUGGUGUAUGCCUGUAAUUCCAAAAC